AUGGCUACAGCUCAUAUGGCCGUCAGGACUGAGACGUUCCCGCAUUCGACCUCCAUCCCCCAUAGCGAGUCAAUGGGCGCUCGCAUUAUUCCUAUACCUACUCCAACGAUCAAGAUGUCUCCUCCAAGUAACGGCGACCCGAUGGAGAUAACUUCACCUGCUCCAUCUUCGAAUGGCAACCACAACUCCGACUCCGAAACCAAUGGCAAAUCCAACGACCGACCCAAGAACUCCCCCGCCCCCGAUUCACACGGUUCGAACAAUCAUGUCAAUAACUCAAACAGCAUGCCAGCACCUCCUCCGGCUGCCGCUGCUAUACACCAGCCUAAAAUCGUGCAGACAGCCUUCAUUCACAAGCUCUACAACAUGCUGGAGGACCCCAAUAUUCAACACCUGAUCUCGUGGUCGGCGAGUGCUGAGAGUUUCGUUAUGUCGCCUUCAGCCGACUUCUCUAAAGUCUUAUCUCAAUAUUUCAAACAUACCAACAUCUCAUCAUUUGUGAGACAGUUGAAUAUGUACGGCUUUCACAAAGAACGCGAUGUAUUUCACACAGGAAAUCCUGAUACGACGCUCUGGGAGUUCAAGCACGGCAAUGGCAACUUCAAGCGUGGAGACCUUGUAGGUCUGCGCGAGAUCAAGCGAAGGGCCAGCAGACAUGCUCUCGUGCAUCGUGAGAGUAAUUACACAAAGCCUGUUACAUCUCAACCAGGCACUCCGGCCGAGCUUGUGCCUCCUCCGCCAGAAAGCGCCGAUGCCAGACUUCUUAACAUCGAGCACACCCUCUUUGAUUUGAGCAAUCGCUUGCAGAGGAGUGAAGAGGCAGCUCACUAUAUGCAUGUUAAGAACCAGGCUGCUAUGGAUACCGUGAACCGACUUCUCCAAUUCAACCAGGAGCUCUCCAGGACUAUGCUUUCUCUUGUUCCUGCCGAGAGCCCCAUCUCCCGUGAUGUAAUUGCGUUACAGGGUGAGCUCCAAAGGCAAGCUGAUGUGCUUCGAACGAUCGAUGAGCCACCACAGGAACCCCCUUACACUGGUCGACAGCAGUACUUCGCCGGUGUCGAGAAUGCCCCGGUGUCACCCAGACAACUCGCUCAGGACGACCAGAGACGAGCUCCUACUCUGGGCGUCCCUCCAGCACGCGGCCAGAACUUCUACAAGCCACCGGUUCCUUCGAAUCUGUCAAACAGCACCAGGAGACCAUAUGGAUCGAUCAGUGGUAGCAGCCCUACUCAGUCGUCCCCGUUGCGCGCAGGCCCACCGCCUCCACCGCCUGCUCCUCACCCUCUGUCCAAUGUCGAAACCGUUCCUGGCCCUGGCAGUCUAGCACGCCGUCACACAGCUGCUGAUAUUCGUGCUCACGGCUGGCAACCCACACCCUCUCCUUUCAGUUCCGGCGCGCCUUCCGGUGCUUGGCCACCCUCGCCUAGCCGGGCAGCCCCCGAUGAGCAGCGUAUUCGGGAUUCUUUGUCAACAUACUCGCUACAGACAGCGUCUCAAACACAUCCUCAGUCACGCCCAACGACUCCUCCUCCACCCUUUGUAAACGGCAUUGGUGGCUCGGACACGUUUGGAGGCUGGUCAUGGGGUUCCGCUGGUCGCGAGAAUAAGAAUCUUGCUUUGAAAGACCACUCAGCCCCCAUAUCCCGACGGGGAAGCAUGGCGCAUAUUCUCAACCCCAGUGAUACCGCCGAGAGGUCAGACGAAGACGAAGAUCCUCGAGGAGACGAUGACAGGAAGCGAAAGCGAAUGCAAUAA